GAACAACCGCAGCCAUUAUUUCUUCUUCGUUUAAAAUCUAGGGUAAUUCAAAUGACGAUUAUAUAAAGGCAACACUCCGCCAAUCUCAUCGUCAUUUACUCACUCUUUGAGCUUUUUAUGUUCUUUUUGAGACCUGAAUUUGUUUGAAAUAAAAGAAGUGAAAUGGAAGAUUUGAGAUCAGCUAUGGAAGAGCACAUGGAGUUAAUGGCGGAUCUCGUUCAGAAGCUAUCCUCGGAGCUCCGUUCAGGCAUACGACCCGCCUAUGAGAACUUUAUGGGGUUCUUCCAUGCAAUCAACUGGAAGGAACCUUGGUUAAUGUGCUUGCUUGGAUUCCAUGUUUUCUUACUGAUAGUAACAAUCUUAUCCAGGAAGAAUACUAACUUCCUGUUGUCUUUGUUCCUUCUGGCAUUGCUUGGUGUUUAUUUUGCCGAGUCGCUGAAUAAAUUCCUUGGUGGCAACUGGAAAGAAUUUGCAACACAAAACUAUUUUGAUCCAAGUGGACUUUUUUUGUCGGUAGUCUGGUCCGGUCCUCUUCUCAUUAUCGCAAUCAUCAUCUUGAUAAAUACUCUUUUUUCCAUGUGUUACCUAAUAGUUAGAUGGAAAAGGGCCGAGCUCAGACACCGUGCAAAGCUCGCUCGUAACAAGCAGGAUUGAAAUUGUCAGGUGCUGCAUUGCCGCCACUUUUAGUGUGAUGAGCUUGUGCAAUACAUGUUAGUCUCAUUUAGAAUGUUUUUUUCUUGUUUUCUAUUGCUUAUAUUUAAAGGUGUUCGUUUCAUAUGUUGAAUUGUACCCUUGCAUCUAGUUCUCUUGCUCUUUAUAUAUGUUGAAUUGUUCA